GUUCUUUCUUGUAGUUCCAUCCCAUGGCGAUCUGUGCGACCACUAACAAAAGAAGGCUCAGCUGAUUGUGUCAUGUUACGGCGUCAACUCUAAAGUGAAGUGUUUUCUAGGUCAAACUGUCUUCCAACAUUGAACAAGUUACCUGCUACUUUGAAAGAUGGCAGAAAAUAUAGUAACACAACUCAUCCCGGAAGAGCAUAGAUCGAAAUGGAUUGCACAUAGCAAUCACAAUGUGAAAUGUUUUACAGAAGAUGAGAUCAGAAGAUUUACCAACAACUAUAAAACUAUACUUGGUAGAGGUGGCUUUGGAGAAGUUUAUAAACGAGUCCUUGAGGACAAAAGUAUGGUUGCAGUCAAGAAGUUUAUCUACAAUGCAAAAGAAAAUUUUGCCAAAGAGUUGACCGUCCACCGUGAGAUCAAUCACAAGAAUGUAGUCAGAUUAGUCGGCUACUGUGUAGAUGAAAAUGCCUUUAUGGUGGUCACGGAGUAUAUUUCCAAAGGAGAUCUAAGUACCAUCCUUCACAAGGAUAGCAUUCCCAUCACUUUGGAUACACGGCUAAGAAUUGCCAUUGAAUGUGCAGAAGCAUUGGCCUAUAUGCAUUCACAAAUGUAUACUCAGGUCAUUCACGGUGAUAUCAAGCCUGCGAAUAUACUUCUGGAUGAUGGACUCAGAGCAAAAAUAUCAGACUUUGGAAUAUCAAGACUAGUCAACACCGAAAAUACUCUCUAUACUCUAAAUACUAUAGGAAGUAUCGGCUACAUGGACUCUCUGUUUGCUCAGAAUGGUCGCCUCACAGCAAAGAGUGAUGUUUAUAGUUUUGGAAUUGUACUCCUGGAACUGAUCACUAGAAAGGAAGCAAAAACAGAGGGUGGAGAGAUUGGCUUGGUUGAAAGUUUUCUUCAGUCUCUUUCAAAAGGGGUUAGGAGGGCGAGGGAGAUGUUUGAUCCUGAAAUCACAACAUCAAGUGAUAUGAAGACUAUUGAAGGGAUUGCUAAGUUGGCAGGUAAAUGCUUGACGAUGGAGCUUGACAAACGUCCUGAGAUGUUAGAAGUUGCAGAGCGUCUUCACAAACUUAGAAAAGCUCCUCAUCAGGUACAAGGAAGACUUGCUCUGUUUUCUUGGGGAAAGAGAAAUAAAUUAGCGCCAGCCGAAACACCACCAAUUGAAAGCAGCAGCAGUACCCGAAACGUGGGAACUUAUACUGAUAGGUUGACACCAAGAGGCCACCCAGCAAAAAAAAAAACACCGAGAGGCCAAUCGUUCGAGCUGGAUGAUCUGCUUCGACGACCGGCUGAAGUUCUGGGCGAGGGUACAGUUGGGACAACAUACAAAACGACGCUUGAUGGUGGUUAUGAGAUGGUAUUCAAGAGGCUGAGGGAUGUGGACUUGCCGAAGGUGUACUUUGAGCAGCAUAUGAGGAUGAUUCGUGCCAUCCGGAACAAGCACAUUGUGCCACUGCAGCGGUAUUACUACAACACGGAUGAGAAGGUGCUAGUGUAUGAUAUGAUCCCCAUGGGUAGCCUAGCAAAAGUACUCCAUGGUUAUCGAAUCCCCGGCACGACUCCGCUAGACUGGGAGCAGCGGUUGGCCAUCUCACUCGCUGCUGCACGUGGUGUGGCGGCUAUCCACUUAGCUGGACCAUCGAGCUGCCAUGGCAACAUCAAGUCUUCCAAUAUCCUGCUCACCGGCACCCACAAUGCAUGUGUGUCGGAGCACGGCCUGAUGCCACUUGGCGUGUAUUCCAAUGCCUCCAGCUACAGCGUGCCUGAGAUCUCCGGCAAUAGGUCAGUCUCCCAGAAAGCCGACGUGUACAGCUUUGGCAUCCUACUGCUGGAGCUUCUCACUCGCAAGGAUCCAGCAAAGAGCACACAAAAUGAGGAGGGAUUAGAUUUGGCACAAUGGGCAUGGUCUGUUGUACGCAAGGAGUGGACGAUGGAGGUCUUUGACGUGGAGCUCCAGCCCCUAGGACGGGAGCAGAAGGCCGGGGAAGAGGAGAGCAUGGUGCAACUUCUGCAGCUCGCCAUAAACUGUUGUAGUCACUAUGCUGACUCGAGGCCUACGAUGUCUGAUGUUGUGCAGACGAUUGAGGCAAUCCACGAAGUCCUGACUCCUGACCAAGAAACUUGCACAUCACAGUGAGUGAAAGUUGCUUGGUCACAGUUGCAUUCAAAUGUCAUAUAUUUUCGGGACCCCCUUUCAGCUGGUUCUGGCCGAGAACUGCUAUCUUGAAAAAUAAUGUUUUCAUUGCAAGUUUGUAACGGAUCACCCGCCCUACAUGUUAUUGGAAUAUAAACUCUGCAAGUCUAAGCUGCAAUGUUUAGAUAUACGAUUUUCCCCCCUAAGUUAUCGCCAGGGAAGAAACACUAAUAAAGAAGAUGCAAUCA